AUGGUUUUUAGCAUCGCUAGCCGCAGUGUGCAAGCCGCCUCGCGCCGUGCCGUUACCGCGGCUGUUCCGACGGCGCGGACCGCUGCGCUCACUCCUGCCCGUUUCUACUCGGACAAAUCGUCGCCUGAGGCCAAGGCUUCUUCCCUGAUCGACAUGCUCCCUGGCAACAGUCUGGUCUCCAAGACGACGUGGGUCACGCUCGGUGCCGGCCUUACUGCCUUCACCGUGUCAAACGAGCUGUAUGUCGCGAACGAUGAGACUGUGAUUGCCGCUGGUUUCCUCGUCUUUGCCUUCCUCAUCGGCAAGGCCGUGUCGAAACCAUACUCGAACUGGGCAGACAGCACGAUCGAAAAGUACACCAACAUCCUGAACGAGGCGCGCGCUGGUCACACCAAGGCGGUGCAGGACCGCAUCGAUACCGUUGCCAAGCAGAAGGAUGUGGUCGGCUCUACCAAGGAACUCUACAACCUUGCUAAGGACACGGUCAACGCUGAGCAGGAGGCGUUUGAGCUGAAGCAGCGCGUCCAGAUGUCUGCCGAGAUCAGGAAUGUGCUUGACUCCUGGUCCCGCUACGAGGCCCAGCAGCGCGAGUCUGAGCAAAAGAUGCUGACAGAGUCGGUCAUCAUGAAUGUGCAAAAGGCGCUCUUGGAGGAAAAGACGCAGAAGCAGGUCCUCGAUGGCGCGCUGGGCGAUCUUGAGAAGCUUGUUAAGGACAAGGCGAUCUAA